UGUAGUUUGAAAAUUCGCACGACAGGCGAGAGAUUUUCAAUUUCGUGACUCGUGAAAGGAUCGAUCUUGCCGAGAAGGGAAGCGAUUGCGUUUGAAAUCGCGAUUUUUCCCGCGAGCACGCCUCUUCCGUGAAAUCGCUUUGCCGGUUCCCCGACCCCGUGGAGUACGCAAAUUGACAGGCUGGUGGCGCGCACCACCUUCACGUGACGGCUGUCUUCGCCAAGCGGGGUAGUUUCGGUGCCUCUCUCGGGGUAGUUUCAACGUCGCUCUCGAUAGUCGCUCGAUAGGGGUGUUCGAUAAGACGCGUCAGAUAACGCCGUCGGAAUAACGUCGCUGAAAUAGAGCACGUCGUGGAUUUACGACGAUACUAACAGUAACGGAUCAGCGUAGCGCCGAGUGUUUCCAGCAAUCACUUUAUCGGGCUAAAGCUCGAAUUAACGUCUUGCGUAGCAAGAGAUCGCCGAGAUUUCAACUUGGAUUGUUUAUUUUCUCCUUCCUCACCUCCUCUUAUUUCAUCCUUUCCUUUCGGAUUACCUUACGUUAAAGUUUAUCCCGCGACGCAUCAAGCAGAGAGAACCCGCCCAUCAAUCUGGGAUCUAGCGAAACGAUCCAUCGACCCACAACGAACGAUCUAUUUCACGCGUCGCGACGACGUCGCAUAACCGGCAGUGCAAGGACCAACGGCAACGGCAAAGAGCUAAAACGGUUUAUCCUACGGAUCGCUAACGGUCUGAACGACGAUACCGGGAGCCGUUUCAUCGCAGCAGUAAGCCCGGUGUAACCAUCAAGAUUACCGGCCGCGGCGGUUGCGCCAAGUACUGUGGUACAGCUCCAUCACCCGGCAACAUUUCAUUCUCCAGUUUUCGUCAGUCCUUCACCUCCAAUGUCAACUACCUGAAACGGAGCUUGUCUUCCAGGUUCUCAUCAGGGGACCUAAGCUCGGAGCUCGACGAUGAGCCAAACGCAGAUCCUGGGAUGGCCACCAUGGGCCGGCAGGACUCGUCUCAGCCGUAUCAAGGGGUGUCGGACCGACCCCUGCAGUCCCAACCGGGCCCGAUACCGCCACCGUCUCAGCCGCCGAUUCCGGGCGCGCCACCCCAGGGGCCGCCGCAGCCCAUCGGCGGCGAUCUCAGUCUCAACCUGAGACCCGGCUCGCGAACCACCAGCGCACCAUCUUCGCCGGCGAAGACGAGGGAGAGUUUGCUCCAACGGGUGCAGAGCUUAACCGGCGCCGCCCGCGACCAGGGUGCUUCUAUCUUGGGAGCGGCGGUAUCUGGCGCGACCAGAGGCUCGUCAUACAGCAAAGACCGUUGCUUCACCCUGCUGGUGAUCGAUGACCAGAACACCGACUGGAGCAAAUACUUUCGGGGACGCAGACUGCAUGGCGAUUAUGAGAUUCGCGUGGAGCAGGCGGAAUUCCGAGAACUGUCCCUAACAGCAAGCGAGGCGGGCACCGUUGUGUCCAUGGCUGUCUACCGUAACGGGACCAAAGUUAUUCGAUCCUUCAAACCUGAUUUCGUAUUGAUACGUCAAAAUCUACGGGAUGCUGGAGAAGAUUACAAGAAUCUUCUUCUUGGUCUGAUGUAUGGCGGUGUACCCAGCGUUAACAAUCUCACAGCAAUUUACAAUUUUCAGGACAAACCUUGGGUAUUUGCUCACCUGCUGGGACUACAGCGUCGUUUAGGUAAAGACAACUUCCCACUGAUUGAGCAGACUUAUUACCCCAAUCAUCGUGAAAUGGUGAGCGCAUCUCGAUAUCCCGUCGUAGUGAAACUGGGCCACGCCCAUGGCGGAACAGGCAAGGCCCGUGCGGAAACAAAUCAGGAAUUUCUAGAUCUCGCUUCAUUGGCAGCUAUGGCAAAUGCUUACUGCACGGCGGAACCCUACGUCGAUACCAAGUACGACGUACACGUGCAGAAAAUCGGGAACAAUUACAAGGCUUUCAUGCGAAAAAGCAUAAGCGGAAACUGGAAAUCGAACACCGGAUCGGCUAUGCUGGAGCAGCUUUCCGUGAGUGAACGACAUCGCACAUGGGUCGACCACGUGGCACAAUUAUUUGGAGGACUGGAUAUCUGCGCGAUUGAAUUGCUAGUGGGCAAGGACGGUCGAGAGCACAUUAUCGAGGUCAAUGACAGCGCGCUAUCUUUAAUGGGUGAUACCCAGGAAGAGGAUCGACGUCACAUCGCGGAUUUGGUCACCGCGAAGAUGCAGGUUUAUUGUCGACCUCCGAGCAUGUUGACGAAGACCGCAUCGCGGGGUUCGAUGUCAGGAUCUAGCCAGGUCGGCAGUCCAGUAGAAGAUCGAAGUGCACCUCCAACCGUGCCUUUGGGAUCUCACGGAAGUAUAGGCUCUAUGGCUAGUAUAGGGAGCUUAGGUUCCGUAGGUUCCACCGUACCGUUGACGAGCGACGUUACCGCUUCAGUUACCGAUCAUCAUCAACUGCAGCGGCGUGAUUCUCAAGCCUCUCAAUCGAGCACGGUGAGCAGCGCGCCGUCCGUCGGCCGACGUACCGAAGAGCCACCGACAUCCAGAGUGCCGUUCCAUCGACAAGGUAGCCAGUCGCAGGCCACGGGUGAGGACACCGAGGACACGAUGAAGAAUCUGCGAAAGACCUUCGCUGGGAUAUUUGGCGACAUGUAGACCACAAGAUAUGGCCGACGUAGCGAGAGUGUGGACGUCGGCCACUCUCGUGAUGAGGUAGCGAAUGAUAAUAAGUCGGCAACAAUACAAACGCGAACUCACGAAAUUCUCCGACGAUCUCUAAGCAUGUUCCACGAAUGAGGCGCAUCACACUCGACACACUAAUCGUAACGGAAGUUGACGCGGAACGUGUAGAUAUCUAUAUAUUUGCAGAUUACCGUAGGAAACUCGCGAAACUGCAUGCCACGCAAAGUGCACUAAUCAUUUGAGUUUAAAAGAGUAUAUUGAAAAGCCAAAUUAAGCGUUAAAAGUACAAAUAGACUGAAUUCACAUGGUUUAAGAUGCCAAAGCAAUUCUCUGAGUAGUUGCUUUAAAUUUCUUCAAAACCUGGACUUUGUCUACUUGCACUUUUAACGUUGUACUAAUUAUGAACGUCAAUACAUUAAGUGUAAACAAGUAGUGAUUAAUGCGCGUGUUAGGGAAGAAAUUAAGAGACGAGUUUCCCUUUUAACAAUUUAAUAAGCUAAUGCUGUAGGUAGAUUCUGUAUAUUAAAAGAAAAUUAUGAUCAUGUAUCUACGUAUAGCCAAGUAAAGUAGGUUCUAUGUAAUCCGUGUACACUGACGAGUUAAAUAAAAGUUAGGCAAGUUCAGUCGAAGAAAAAGAAAUGGCAACUCAUUUAAUAACAGCUUGAUGUCAGUUGAACUGCUACUGCGAUAUCCAAUAAAAUAUAUGCGUUAACAAUAAACACGCUUUCUCACCACAAAAGCAGGAAUCGCUCCGUAGGCCCCUGGCAUCUCCUCAACCGGUUUUACUUCGAGCACCCACUUUUAGGCUUAACGUUCGGGUCGUCGUGUGUCACAUUGUCAUUAAGGGAAAAGGCAUUGCGAGAUAGAAAUUAAGGCAGGCAAUGGGCGUUUUUCGGGCGAUCUCGCAGUGUUUGUAAAAAUAUUCGUACGCCUAUGUCAUUCGAGAUAAUCGAAGACGACAAAAAAAGAGGAGAUUCGGGCAUUAUUCUGAACAUUUGGCUAACCGAGACUGCAAGCGGUCGUUUGGUUUUCAUCGAGGACUACAAGUUCGGGAGGACGUAUGUGUAGUUGCCUCUACUGUUAAGACAAGUAAAAAGUAGUUUUUAAGGUAACCAGGGAUGGGCGAAAUUUUUCGAUAACGCGAAAGACAUCAAGCUUUUUCAAAUCAAAAAAUCCAGAUCCGCGAAUCCUACAAUACUGAAUAUAGCGAUGAAUCAUAUCGCGGCACGCUAAAAAGUUUUCAACGAGACUAGAUUGUCAUGUAAAUUUCUCGAUGAUGAUAAAAAUUUAUCGCGCAUCCCGAGAGUGGCGACAUUUUUUUUUCUCUUAAAUUUUCACACGUCACGGGUUGUUGUUAAAGCUGCAUAGGGCGACCACGCCGUCGGUAGAAAAUUCACGAAAAUUUGGUCGCUAGGUUUUUAGCAUUAAGGAACCAUAUAAGCGAUGGAUCUUGGCGCGAGAAACGAAAGCAAAACGGUCAAAUCGAUCGAAAAUCCGGCAUGCGAUCGUGCAACGCGGGACAAAGUAAUCCUGUCACAUAGAUCUGCAAAUAUAUACAUAUACGCAUAUGUAUGUGCAAACAAAUUGAACAUACUGGCGACAUGUACACCAGUUAAGUAUGGGUAAAGCUACGCGGAGCACAAAAGAAGGCAGUUUUCAUCGAAUGAUCGCAGAUUUAACUUAAUAAAAUAAGACUAAAGACUAUAGAAGAGAUCCAGGAGAGACAAUCGACCGUGGUUUCAGCUCUGAAGAAAGGAAGAAUCAGCAUUAUGCAAUAAUUAUUGCAAUUUCAAAUUCUGCUGAUGCAAGCAGUUGUCAAAUGUGAUAAAACAUUCAAGGAAUAUCAAUUAAUAUAUAAUCAGUUGAUAGAUAUAAAAAAAGAGGUCGUAAACUUAAACGACUGAAAAGGGGGGUAAUUCAUUUGAAAGUAUAAUAUUGUUUGAAGCGCUGACGAUAUAAUUCGAUCAAGUCGCAUCAUUAAAAUAAAUCUGAAAUUAUGGUUUUAUGAUAAAAAAGGCAACAUACAAUUAAUAUAAACUAAAUAAAGAUGACCACAGAAGAAAAUUAUCUAAUUCGUAAUGUAUUCUCUCUCUUUCUCUCGAUCUAUUAGUAUAAAAAAUAAAAUAUCUAAGGUCUCUAAACAAAUUUCUUAGAGUUUUCAAAAUGAAAUGGAUUUUGUCUAGCUUUCGGGAAGCCAGGGUCCAAUUUGGGCUGAGUGCCAUUAGUUUUUUCUUUAUAUUUUCAGCGCUUCAUUUAGAAAGUUCUAUGUAACGAAAAUCUAACAUUAUACGAUUUCGUCAUGUCUCUUUCGCGGUUUUCUAACUGCAUAAAUAAUAAGUAACUGACAGUUUGAUUUUCAUGUGCCUUGACACUGAAGUGUCCUUCGUAUCACGUUUUUCACGAUGUCAGAAGACGAUUGGAAAAAUGUAGGAGAUAAACAUGAUUUACGAAAGACGUAUGUUACGACGACGCUGGAGUAAAUUUUUGCGACGGAUAGAAUGAAAUAGGUAUUUUGAGCAGACAUUGCACUUUACCACGUGAUACUUUUGAUCGUUUGUACUUUUUAUAAGGCUCGAUCUCACUGCAUUUGUAUAUUCGCUGAGACACGCUGUUUCUUCACUGAUAUUCAUCGCGAUGAAGAAGUGUGCGCACCGUCCAAGCUUACAUUCGUUACAACUUGAACGCAGUAUCGAGAUAAAAAAAAAUACGUUACAUAAAAGUAAGUUCUUGUAUAUAUCAUAAUUUCCAUCGGGUUAAUCGUGAUCUUAGGAAUUUUCAAUUUUACAGCAUCUAGAUUGUCUUCCAUGUUCAUUGAGAACUAAAUACUUUCAACAGCGAAUCUCGAGCAAGUAAAACAGAUGUCUUAGCUUUCAACGUUUUUUUUUUUUAAGUUACAUUUCUGUAAACAACUGCGUCUUUGAAAAUAUCUAUUAUGUAACAUUUAAUACGUAAUUCGUAUAUUAAAAGCCUUUUUCUCAUCAUUUUUCUUGCACUGAAAAAAUUAUUUCGUGUUUAACGACUCUCAUGAUUAGGAGAAAAAAAUUACGCAAUUAAGGGUUAAACAGGGACGCAAAGAUUGCACGGAACAGUUUGACGCACACUAAACAAAUCUCGAAUUCCAUUUUCAGAGCUGACGCCACGGUACGAAGAAGAGCAAACAAACAAUCAUAAUCACGUCACUGCGCGGAGAUCAAUCGAUCAGCGCUAGAUACGUAGACGCGAUUAGAGGUUGAAGAAUAUCUCAGGGGUGCGAGUCUAGGCACUAGAUAAAGUUAGGAACUAGAAGCGGCAAAAAUGCGUAAUUACGCGAUGCAGCCUAGUCGAAUCACUUGCAAUCGGCAGAACGGAUAGAGUUAGGGUUCGCUUGUUCAGAAAAAUCCUUGUAACUGUGAUCUUCAGGAUUGUCUAUAGGAAGAAAAAUUUUGCGUCCGUAUCUUGUUCGACUGAUCGCUUUUCUUAGUAAAACUUUUAUAUACGUGAUCAAUAAGUUUCUUCCCUUUUUGCAAUAAUUUUAAAUACUUUUUAUCUUUUGAAAUUCUUAUUUCGUAACAAGUUUUUGAAAAAAGUUUUUAAAGACUUGUGGGAUAUUAUAUCACUUUUUAAACAUUGGUUAUAAAGAGUCUUAUAUAUAAAAUUUAGAAAAGGUUACAAUUACAUAAUAAAUUUUCAUGAAAGUAAAACUAUAUUGUUCGAUCAGUAGCGUUUGCUAAUACUAAUAGCUCAAUUAUUGAGUAUACUUAAAUUAAGAAUAUUUUAAUAACUUAAUUAUAUUAAAUUAAUUUAAAGCAAAUUUUUUUAUUUGCAACAUAUACUAAUUAAAUAUAAAUACGAUGCUGUAAGCUCAGUCCGCAAUUAAUGAAAAAACGAUCGUUCGAACAAUCGCAAUGUUGAUCUUGACUAAAUAGCGAUGCAGCGUCGGACAUUUCAUUGUUUGGAUCAUAACUUAUCGAAGCGUUAUACAGUAGCAUGUUUAGUUAAGAUGACCGUGUGGUGUCGUGAGCAGCAGUAUUUUCCUUUUCGUUUCAAAUGCACCGAUUGCACCGUAGUUCAAUCGUAAUAAGCGCACCAGCAAUAUCCGUAGAUUAGCAUAUCGCACCUUCAAAUCUCUAGGAUAUUUCUCAUAUUUUCUGUGCACACAGAAUUUUCGUCAUGAAAUGAAACAAUAAAAAUAUUUAAUAAUUA